AAUGCUCUUACUGCUUACUGUCUCUCACUGUGGACGGAGCAUGUAUCAAUGAUGUAUAUGCAUUGGCGGUUGAGUGCCUGUUUUGAAUCAGCCCUGGUGUUGGGCAAACUAAACGAACGGCCGAUAAUGGGCGUGUGCGCUGGCGUCAGAUUGACGGGUUGUAAGCCAGGAAAAGAGACCCCACGAAGAGGCUAACUUGUUGGAAAUGUAAUAUCUAUUGUCCAUUGUGGCGCAGUACUUCAGAUUGUAGUAAUUGUGUGCUAGUAAUUGUGGUUGUUAAAACUUAUUUGUAAUGGAUCCUGGUACUCAGAGGAUGUUGGAACGUGCGCGUGCUCGUCGCCAGAAACUUGACGAGCAGCUAAAAAGUGCUGGACACAAAAGAAGUCCGCUGCAGGAAAAUAAUGUGUCGCAGUUUGUCAAAGUAACUACUGAAGUAGAAGUAGUCUUAAAUUCAAGUGAUCCUGUGAAAAAAGUCAAUGUGAGUCCAACCAAAGUUGAAGUGAGCAGCAUGAAACGGCAAGACGAUAUGUCGACGUCUCCUAAAGAAAACAUAUCUACUGGGUCACUAGACAUGGAUAAUAAUCGUGAGAGAAACAUUAGGUCUCAGCUCAAGCGCCUUGGAGCAUUGUAUUCAGAUUCCCAUAUAUCAUCUCCAAUUCAUCGUACCGAGAAUCAUUUUUCUGUUGAAAAUGAGAGCGGAAAAUCUGGCAAGUCCACAGCUAGAGUAGCUAGAUUUGCUGCAUUGGCUGACAACAUUAAACAGUGGGAAGAUGAUUUAAGUCAUCCUAGCUGUGGAUCCAAGUCUCUUAAUGAACCUGCGAGUUCUGCCAAAACCAAUGAAGAAUCUUCUCAGAAAAAAAUGGAAGAAUGUGAAGAACGUAUGUCAAAGAAAACUUCUGAAAACAGAAAGAAGGAGAAUGGUGCUAAACUGAAACCGUCUUUUUCAUCUAAGAUUGAACCUGAAGAUGCUCCAAAGAAAAUUGUAUGGGAUGAGAAAGUACUUCAGAUUUUGGAGGCGCAGGGGUUUACUCGCAGUUGUUCUAAUGCCCGACUCGUAUAUGAUUAUUCAAACCAUUCUUCACAGGACACCAGCAAGGAAGUUCUAACGCAGUCAACAAGCAAUGCUAAAGCAAGAAAAGAACAAAUUUCUAAUGGCAUCGGUCAGAUACAGGAUGAAGUUAGUGCUUCUGGAGACAGAGCCGUAAUGCCUUCUACUUCUCAGAAGAUCUCUGGAAGCAAUAUUGUUCACUCGGUAUCUCCUGUGAAAAAAAUUAAUGAAGGGAAAUUGGAAUGUAAAAAAGAGAGUCCAAAGAAGUUGGAAGGAAAUUCUGUACCUGGAAAACCUUUGGGAAGUCCUCGCAAAGUUCUAACAGGUUCACCAAAGGCAGGUUCUGUCCUUCACAAAGCUUCUUUGUUUGAAUCGACCAGCCCAAAUAAAAAAGUUAAAGAUCCUGCUGAACUUCCUAUUUCUGAGAGAAUGGCUUUCUUUGAAAGGAACAAAGGGCAAGCAUUAAUACCCAAAGCAGCAUUUUCUAUGCCCGUUCCUUCUAAAUAUUUAGAUGGCAGUGCGACACACAAGAAUCAGCAGUCUUAUUCACCUGAGAAAGGAAAAUUGCCUGGAAAAAUUGAGAACACGUGUAAAGCUCAAGUCGUGGAAUUUCCCCCUAAAAUUUCAAAUGAAGAAAAAGCAAUCGCUAUUUCUACUGUUGAAUCCAAUGUAAGCAAAAAAGUUUUGUCAUGCCGAAGUAUUUUUGAACAACCUUUGACAGAGAAAGUUAGCGGCAACAUUUUUAGUGAGCAGGCAGAACGACAAAAGGACAUUGAAAUGUUACGAAAUAGAUGGAAUCAAAACAAAAAUUUAGCGUCCGAAACCUUGGAUGAGAAGCCACAUAAAAUUCAGGAAAAGAACAUGCCAGUUCCUCCUCCUCCACCACUUCCUGUUGAAAGUGGCCUUUCUCAGGCACAGAAGAGUUUUACUGCUUUGCCUCAAGUAACUCAAAUGAUUCCUAAAUCAUCUCCAAUUAAAGUAUGUCCUUCAAAAGGUACUACAGAUUUGGAAAUCGUUGAGCAAUUACAUGAAAGUCCAAAGAAGACCCAAGAUUUCUCUGAACUAUGCAAAAUAAAAAAAAUUAGAGUUUCUCCCCCUAAACCUGGAAAUCUGUAUCCUUGUCUUUCUGAUAUUGAAGUGACAACAGAAGCAGAAAGUGAAUUACCUGAUGAGACUGAAAGAGAUUCUGCAAGUGAGAGUUCGAUAGUUACGGACUCUGAUGAUGGGAAUACAAGUUUUGGAAGAGAAAUUCUUGAAGCUGCAGGCAUACACAGAAUACCAGAAAAUACAUCUCAGUUACAUCACCAAAAAAUGGAUUCCAGUGAAAGCGAUUUAUCUGAAUCUGCAGUUCUAGCCGACAUUGAUGGUUGUAUUGAUGAAGCAUUGGAAGGAUACGAUUCAAGUUCAGAUUCAGAUCAAGGAGGCCCCACUCCUCCAAAAAGGACAAGGGACUUCUCUCGUUCUCCUCCAAAGGGUAAACGAAAUGCAAAACAGAGUCCCAAUUCAAAACCAUCUCAAAGUUUUCGAUAUACUCCAGGAGGUCACUCCAAUGGAGGAAGUCCAACAAAGAGUCCUUCACGUAAUAUUUCCAUGCAAGUGGUUGAAGGUGACCAGGAAAUGCCCCUCAUGCAUUCUGUUAGUUUCUACAGAAGACAACAGAACAUGGCACUAAAGAAUACUCCAGUGAGGCAGAUAGUGCGCCUUCCAGAAAUUUCAAAAGAAAUACACAGUGCGCAGUCUUCAGUUAAGGAGGAUGAAGUAGUGAGAAAGAAGAUUGCAGAAUUGCUUGAUGAGGUAUCAAAGCAACAAACUGUCAUAUCUCAGGCAAGUCAAGCAUUAAAUUUGUGUUUAUCGACAGUUGAGUUUUCAGGCUCUGCAGAGCAAGUAGAAGGAGAAAGGCUUCUAUUGUUGGCAACACACAAACGUCAAGCUGCUCUCCAUGAAAUUCAACGUCUGAAAGUUGAAGGCUCGCUUAAACCGGAAUCAGAAGCUGGAAGGACUGGUGUGUCAUUGGAUAAAGGAAGUCUUGUUCUUACAAAUGUUGCAUUGACUCUAAAGAAAGAUUAUAUUCGCAAGUUACCUGCAGAAGACACAUGCUAUCACUUUGUGUGUCUUGUGAGAUCACAAGACCAAGUUCUUGUGACACCAGUGCUGGCUGCUAUUUCUCAGAAUCUUCAGGAAAAUUGCAAUCUUGUUUGGAACUCCCCUUUACGCUUAGUAGACUUGUAUAGUGAUUUCAAAGUUACUUUGGAAGUGUAUUGUCUUCAAACCAGAAAAGAAAUGCUUCCUCAUAAUGUUAAAUAUCAUAUUGGAAAUAAGAAGGAGACAAGUAAAUCUUGGUUGACACCAAAAAAGCAAAAGCAAGAAUCUCGUCUGAUUAUGCCUUCAGUUCACUCACCUGCAGGGCCAUCUGCAGUGCGUUCUCCAGAAUUCCGCAUGGCAGGAUACGUAGUUUUUUCUCUGAGGGAGAUGAGCAGAACUCACUUCACCCUUAACAAGGUGUCAUAUAGUUCUCCUCUUGAAGGAAAUAUCCAACUGAGGAUGAAAUCUGAGCUCUCUGUCGAUGUAUCUGAACGUGGGUUUCUUACAAUGUUCGAAGAUAUUUCAGGAUUUGGAGCAUGGCACAGAAGGUGGUUUGUCCUUAAUGGAAGUGUGUUAUCAUAUUGGAAGUAUCCAGAUGAUGAAAGAAAGAUCCCCAUUGGACAAAUAGAUUUGAAUUCAUGCACAACAGAGCAAAUUGGCUUAGUUUCAAGAGAUAUCUGUGCUCGUCCUAAUACAUUUUUACUGGAAACAACACGACCUGCUCAACCAGAAGACAAAGAUUCUCUUGUAGUUGUUACAUCUGGAAAUCAUACUGUAAUUAGAAAUCUUCUGUCAGCGGACACUAAAGAAGAAAGAAUAGUGUGGUGUGGCCAAAUAAACAAGGCUCUAACCAUGCUUCGAGCAUGGGGUAAAAAACAAGAGGGAAUUUUUGUUUUUACUUCUUGCCUUUUCUUUGAAAAAAUAAAAAAAAGUCAACAAAUAUUUAACGCAUGA